AUGGCUUCACACCGCAGACGGAUCGAGACUGAUGUUAUGAAAUUACUUAUGAGUGAUUAUGAAGUCACACUAGUGAAUGAUAAUAUGCAAGAGUUUUAUGUGCGUUUCCACGGACCAGAAGACACGCCAUUUACUGGAGGCGUAUGGAAAGUCCAUGUUGAGCUUCCGGAUCAAUAUCCAUAUAAAUCACCGUCGAUUGGAUUUAUGAAUAAGAUAUUCCAUCCUAAUAUCGAUGAACUGAGUGGAUCCGUAUGUCUCGAUGUGAUUAAUCAAACAUGGAGUCCAAUGUUUGACAUGAUCAAUAUCUUUGAGGUGUUCCUCCCUCAGCUUUUGAGAUAUCCAAACCCCACUGAUCCAUUGAAUGGGGAGGCGGCUGCUUUAUUGAUGCGAGAACCACAAACAUAUGACAACAAAGUCAAAGAAUACGUAAGUCGAUUCGCCACAAAGGAAGCAGCUGAAGCAGCAACGGAUGAAAGCUCUUCCGAUGAGGAGGACGAAGUAAGUUCGGUAGAGUCAUAUACAGACGAAGACGUUGCGCAAGAAAUGGAAUUCUGA